AUGGAAUAUAUAUCACGUCGUCUAUUAAAGGUAUUCGCCGUGGCAUUGGGCGAAGAAGCUGCAUUCUUUGAUCAAUUUUUUCAAGGGGAUAACUCAAAUUUUUUGAGAUUAAAUCACUAUCCGGUUGCGUCACACCCUGAAACGACUAUGGGGGUGUAUCACCAUACAGACGCUGGUGCACUUACUGUCUUACUACAAGACGAUCGAGUAGCAUCAUUGCAAGUAUUUCAUCAAAAGUCACAGACGUGGACGCUUGUGUCGCCUCGAAAAGGAACUUUUACGAUUAAUAUUGGUGACAUGCUUCAGAUCUGGUCAAAUGACAAAUUUGUUGCUCCACUGCAUCGAGUUCUGGCGAAUGGAAGUGCGGAGCGAUUCUCAGCGCCAUUCUUUUACAACCCAUCGUACAGGGCGAAAGUUCAGCCGAUUAUAGUGGAAGAAGGUGAAGAGGCUAAUUAUCGUCCGUCGAACUGGCGCGAAUUUCGUCUAGCACGAUUCCAAGGUGACUACGCUGACAGCGGCAAGGAAAUUCAAAUUAGUGCUUUUAAAAUUCACGGACCGAUUGAUGCUAUGAACAUUGGAAUUGGUUGUUGA